AGCGCCGAGCGCCGCGGCAGUCAAUACAAGACCGUCCGCGCUACGGUACAGACCUCUCUCUCUCAUCGCCAUCGCCGCCGCCGCCGUCGUCGUCGGUCGCCGCGUAACAGUGUGUACAGCCGUCGUGCAUUCGUGUGCGGCAAGUGCGCGCGUACAGUGUGUCCGUCGGGUAGGGUUUCGUCGUCGUCGUCGUUUCACGGGGUAGAAAACAACGACAACAACAGUAAUUAUCGUACGUGAUAUUAUAUCAAUAAUCGGCGUGACCGGAAGUGUCUCGAACGCCAAUUCCGCCGGUGUAAAUCGUUUUAUAAAUAUACACACACACACAUAUAUAUAUAUAUAUAUUAAACGCUUCCGCGGACCGCCACAGACUCUUGCCAAAGUACCUAUAAAAGACGUUCGAACGUACUAACGUAAUCGCACCGUCGUCAUGUGUUCGGAAGACGCGCCGCGGAGUCUUGUCGUCGUGUCGUCGCCGUCCGACGACGACUGUCAACCACCGCUGCUGUGGUGUUGAACCAUCGAGUCCACCGCUGCGGACUUGACUUUUUUCGUCUGCGCUAUACACGGUCUGCAGCCAUGCGACCGUCACCCGACCGCCGGCCAAAGAUUGCUGCCGCCGCCGCCGUCGUCGCGGUCUGCGUCCUGGCUGUCUACGCGCCCGCAGUCGUUCUAUGUGGACGAGCUCCGCGAAUCAUAGAACAUCCCACCGAUAUGACGGUCGCACUGCAUGAACCGGCCACGCUAAACUGCAAGUCUGAUGGUCAGCCGCAACCAGAAGUCCGGUGGUACCGAGACGGACGUCCAAUAGACUUGACCAGUAGCGUCCGAAAGGCCUUAUUACCGGAAGGGUCUCUAUUGUUCCUGGAGGCAUCGCAGGGCAAGCGUGACUCUGACUCUGGAACGUACUGGUGCAUCGCCGAAAAUGAGUUCGGUGAAGCUGUCAGUAGAAAAGCCAACCUGAUCGUUACAUAUCUAAAACAAGACUUUCGAAUCCAGCCCAAGGAUGUGAAUCCGGCGUCCGGUGACACAGCAGUCCUGGAAUGUGACCCGCCCAAAGGACAUCCUGAACCAUCUGUGGCAUGGCAUAAAAACGGUCAAGCUAUGGAGGCUGACGAGAAAAAAAGAUGGUACAUUGAAAAUAAUGGAAAUUUGAUUAUUCGAGACGUAAACUCCGAAGAUGAUGGUUCUUAUACAUGUGUAGCUAGCAAUUUAGCUGGAAUCCGGAAAUCUAAACCGAUUUUGUUGGCAACUCAGAUACGUCCCUAUAUGAUACAAGCUCCGAAGGAUACUAUAGCAAUGGCUGGUUCCAGUGUACAGUUGCAAUGUAAGAUUGGCGGGACACCACAACCAGAAGUGUUCUGGAAAAAAAUAUCAAACAGCGGUGUCGCACAACAUAUAAGGACUAGUCAUUAUAGGAAUGAAAAGCUUUCCGGAGACAGGGACACGUUCGAGCACGUUUACAUUACGCAAGACGGCAGUUUGAGAUUAGACAACGUGAGUCCGGAAGACGAAGGAAAAUACGUGUGUCACGCAGAAAAUCACCAGGGGAAAGUAAACGCAGCGUCUUCACUCACUGUACACUCUGUUCCAUUGAUCGCCCAAAGGCCUGCAGACACACACGUAUCAGCCGGCAGUAAUGCAGUAUUCGAGUGCGGUGUUCGAGGCAACCCCAUACCGACAAUAUUCUGGUCUUUGCAGGACAACGACACUGUGCUAUUCCCCGAAGAGAGCUGGAACGAGUUUCACGCCGAAAACACGAAAGAUUCCGUGUCCACACUGGUCGUAUAUAACGUCAGAAAAGAACAACACGAUCAGCUAGUCGUCAUGUGUUCAGCAAUCAACGAAGCGGGCUCAGAUGAGUGGCGAGCCACGUUGACAGUGACAGCAGCCGCGUACGAUGAGUCCUUACCACCAAUCAUCGAAUACGGACCAGCCAAUCAAACGCUACCAUACAGUUCGAUUGGUAAUCUUAUAUGCAAAGCAAUCGGAAAUCCUCAGCCCGUGAUCACGUGGUACAAGGACGAUUCGCCGUUGUCAAUGGAUAUCGGUAGGAUCAACAUCACUGAAUCCGGCACACUACAAAUCAUGAAUUUACAAAAGAGCGAUAACGGCAUUUAUACAUGUGUAGCGUCUUCGGUCAAUGGCAAGGCCACGUGGAGUGCCGAACUUAAAAUGGAAUCGCCAAAAAAUCCUAACGUCGGAUUUUUCAGGUCACCGGAUACGUCAACGUUUCCUGGUGCUCCGAGCACUCCCGUUGUCGUCAACCACACGGACACGGCUGUUACGCUAUCGUGGGGCCGUAGCAACAAGGUCGGAUCAUCACCGCUACUAGGUUAUCAGGUGGAAAUGUUCGCUUGUGUCGAGAACGUUGGAUGGGUAACAUUGGUCCGGAGAUUGCACUACACUCACUUCACACAAUCUUUCUUAAAGCCUGGCCAUUCCUACUUGUUUGUGGUGCGCGCUGAAAAUUCGCACGGCCUUUCUGCGCCUAGUCAUUUGUCCAACCGAAUCAAAUUGCCCUCAGAAUACCGUCAGAGCUUAACGUUUUCUCACGAUAUGUCCAUCGCUAAGUCUACUUUGUUCGGCGGCCAUAUCGUAGACCUCAUCGACAUAAAAACGGUCAGCUCGACUUCGAUAAAAAUUUUCUGGGAGAUUCUUAACAGAGAGUUUUUGGAAGGUUUUUAUUUAUACUAUCGUAGCAAAAACAUGACUGGUCAAAAUACCACGUUCAUGAAAAUCUUGUCUAACACAACUGAACUGUCGGGAGCGUACGUGAUUAACACACUAAAACCGUCCGUCACAUAUCUGUUUUUCUUGGUGCCAUUCUACAAACACAUCAAAGGUCGACCGUCAAAUUCCAGGACUACAAAAACUCUUGAAGACUGCCCAUCUCUAGCACCUCAACACGUCGAACCAACUGCUUACAACUCCAGUGCGGUAUACUUGAAAUGGAACCCACCGCCAGACCACUCGCACAACGGUGUUAUCAUCAGUUACCAGGUAGUCAUACAAGGUGGUGCCAGUUGGGACGUACUAAGUAAUGUAACAGUUAGUGCUAGUACUCCCACUCUGCUACUCACCAACCUCACAUCGGGUGUGCGAUAUAAAGUCAUGAUUGCGGCAGCAACAAAAAUCGGAUUUGGUCCGUACACGGAUUCAAUAAUUCUACCAACGGAUUCGAUGAACCAAAUAAAUCAAUUUAACGACGCAGUCAUUGAUCACGAAGAAAUCAAAGAAUUUGUAGCUGAACCCUGGUUUAUUCUGUUGUUGGCUGGAAUAAUUACAUUAAUGGUCAUAUUACUAGCCGCUGUACUUUUCGUUAGAUAUCGCCAGUUGGGAGCUAAAAAGUCACACUUAGGAGAUACAUUAAAUCCUGCCAACAAAUUGUCCUAUUCGUCUGGUUUCAAAACUACUCUAGACGCAUCUCACCGAGGACAAGUGGCGGCGUUUUUGCAAUCCGAACACAGUGUCUCGAACAGUCAACGGUGUUUGUUCAUCGAUGCAAACUCGUGCCAUAAGCCCAAUUGGAUACAUCAUGAUAUUGAUAGCAAUGAGAAAGAUUCUAGUCAACAACUGUUACCUGAAAUUGCUGACUACGCAGAAGUGAAUCCAAAUACAAUGAGUACAUUUUUAAAGGACCGUGAAUUGUCGUCCCCAGCCCCUUAUGCGACGACCACAUUGGUAUCAAAUUCAAGUUCUAGAAAUUUGAGACGAAAUUCUGAUGACACAGCUUAUGCUUCAGCCAAUAUUUAUAACCGCAAUCAAAAUGUGUAUUCUGAAAGUGGGUAUAGCUGUUGUUCCAGUAAUAAUGACUGCCAAGGCUGCGCAGACGAUUGCGGGAGCAUGCAAGGCGUUCCUGUGUCAGUCGUUCUGAGCGGUUGUGGUCGAAAGACGUUCAGCGAAGUGUCUCACCAUAGCAACAAAAGCGGUUCGAGGUUCAAUAAUUACCCACCGUAUUCAUCUAGGCAGCGAGCCCUGAUGCGCACUACGUGUUCGUCCAACGGCUACCACUACGUGGACCCGGCGAUCAUCGCAGCGAGAAUAGCUGCAGCCACAACAAGCUACGAGUCGAACGGUGCGCCGCCGGACGUGGUUGGCCAGCAGCGGAGGUCGCCGUUACACCGAGGCGGUGACGUGAAUACACAAAAUAUCUCGUGA